UCUAAUUUAAAGAGAAAUGAAAAGAUAUCUCUCACGCAGAAGUUUCCUCUCUUGGUAGAUCUGAUCGGUUGAUAAACAAUUCUUUCUUCUCCCCUUCUAAAUUUUCUCAUUUCUAAUUCUUUCUGUGGAAUAGAUUUUACAUUCCAAAUUUUUUUCCAAAGAUUGUUAAUAAUUCCAACUGUGAAUAAAGAAUCGGUCCCAAAGGAACAGAAUUUUUUUUAAAAGCUUUUCUUUUUUAUCAAGGAGGAAAAAAAACCAAAGAUGGAUAGUUUGUGUCUGAAUACAAGCUUACACGGGGUAAUUCCAGCGAUUAAAGCGGUUGGAAGCGGCGUAAGCGGUUGUGGCGGAGGAGUUGUUGAAGUUAGAGCAACCGCAGCGGCGCCAUCGCGAAAAAGAAGAACUUUCGGAUUCUCUUUCAAGCUCCCAUUGACGCCGUUUUGGUCUCGCGGCGGUGGAAUUGCGUCGAGGAGGAGACGUAGCAGCGGGUUGGCUUUGGACGACGCCGUUUUGGUGGAUUCUGGCGAUUCGAGAACGCCAAUCGCGGAGGAGACGGAGACGGAGAGGAGAAAUGGGAGCUGGGUUUUGAAGAUAUUGGAUGUGCAAUCUCUGUGGAGAGACGGAGAGGUACAAGAAGAAGAAGAUGAAGAUGAAGAUGAAGAUGAAGAUGAAGAAGAAGAGGAACUAAACGACGUCGUAUCACCUGAAGAAGAUGGUGGAUGCGAUGUAAGUUACGAAGAAAACAGAUUUAAGCUGGACAGAGACUCCUUCUCUAAAUUGCUGAAGAGGGUUUCAUUACCCGAAUCGAAACUCUAUGCUCAAAUGUCAUAUCUGGGAAACUUGGCUUAUUCCAUUUCUAAAAUAAAGCCUGCGAAUCUCUCCAAGUAUUACGGCCUAAAGUUCGUAACUUCAUCAGCUGAGAAAACAGAGUUAGCCUUAAAAGCUGAAGUUUCAGAUGAGACCAAACCAAAGGUGGAAGAAGAAGAAGAAGUUGAAGCCAACAAAGGUCGCAAGAUUAGUGCUUCUGCCGCGUAUGAGAUGGUUGCAUCAGCUGCCUCUUACCUCCACUCUCGCACCAACAGCAUUCUUCCUUUCACUUCCUCAUCCAAAACCGAAAAUUCAUCAUCAGAGGUUCCUUCUUGUUUAACCGACUCUGUUACUUCCGUUGUUGCUGCUGAGGAAGACGUCAAACAAGCAGUUGCAGACGAUUUGAAAUCCACCAUCUCAUCUCCUUGCGAUUGGUUUAUAUGCGAUGAUGAUCAAACUCUCACCAGAUUCGUUGUCAUUCAAGGAUCUGAGUCUCUAGCUUCGUGGCAAGCGAACCUACUCUUCGAGCCAAUCGAAUUCGAGGAGCUCGGUGUGAUCGUCCACAGAGGAAUAUACGAAGCAGCUAAAGGAAUGUACGAACAAAUGCUACCUGAAGUCAAGGCCCACUUAAAAGCCCAUAAAAACAGAGCUAACUUCCGUUUCACCGGACACUCACUAGGCGGAAGCUUAUCCUUACUGCUAAACCUCAUGUUACUCGUCCGAGGCGAAGUACCCGCUUCUUCUCUACUCCCUGUUAUAACAUUCGGCGCUCCUUUCGUACUAUGCGGAGGCGAUAAUCUUCUCAAAAAGCUAGGCUUGCCUAAAAGCCAUGUCCAAGCUGUAACAAUGCACCGUGACAUCGUCCCUAGAGCCUUCUCUUGUAACUACCCUUACCACGUGGCGGAGCUUCUCAAGGCUGUUAACGGCAACUUCCGUAGCCAUCCUUGUCUCAACAAGCGGAGUGUGUUGUAUUCUCCCAUGGGAGAGCUUCUCAUCCUUCAGCCUGAUGAGUCCUUCUCUCCAGGACACGAGCUUCUUCCUCCUGGAAACGGUUUAUAUCUUCUAACCGAUGAAGAUACAGAGGAGGAACGUGCGGCGCAGACGUUGUUCUUGAACACGCCGCAUCCACUCGACAUUCUUGGCGACAGGGCGGCGUACGGGUCGAGCGGGACGAUACAGAGGGACCACGACAUGAACUCUUACCUUAAAGCGGUUAGGAGUGUGAUAAGGAAAGAAGUGAGUCAGAUAAGGAGGGAGAAGAGGGAGCAUCGCAGGAGUCUCUGGUGGCCUGUACUGGUGACUAGGGAAAGCAGCGGGAGAUCAGGGAGACAAAUCAACGGAGGUCAGGAUUUCUCGGGGAUGAUGAAGACAGGGAGAAAGUCGUUGCAGAGGUUUAGCCGCCUUGUGGCGUCUCAGCAUAUGCCUUUGAUCGUUGUUCUGUUGGUUCCGGUUAAAUUGAUGUUCCUUGGAGCUUUCAACGUCUUUAGUUUCCGUUGAAAAUGGUUUGUUUGUUUUUUUUGGGCGGGUUAAAGUCGUUGUUGGCUUGUACCGGUUUAGACCGGGUUCUGGUAAUGACCAGGUUUAGAUCAUUCUUUAUUCAUGUGUAUUUUGUUUGUUUGUUGGGGGGGGGGGGCC